AUGCACGGCCUCUUCCGUCAGGCUGCGACCCGACGGAGCGGCCCCCGGCAGCAACGGCGGUACGCCUCGUCGUCACCGUCGUCGUCGUCGUCAGCAGCAUCCGGUCUGAAGCUGACGGCGUACGGCGGGGCGCUGGCAGCGUCGCUGCUGGCGACGUACCUGUACGCGACCGACACGCGGGCGUCGGUGCACGCCUCUGUCAUGCCGUGGCUGAUCCGCACCGUCUUCUCGGAUGCCGAAGACGCACACCACGCGGGCACGGUGGCGCUCAAGGCGCUGUACGAGGCGGGACUGAACCCGCGCGAGCGCGACGGGUCGGUGGCGUCGGCACCCGAGCUGGCGACGACGGUGCUGGGCGACCUGAAGCUCAGCAACCCGAUCGCCAUAUCCGCGGGGCUGGACAAGAACGCCGACAUACCCGACGUGCUGUUCGACUUUGGCGCCGGCAUGGUCGAGGUGGGCGGGUGCACGGCGCGGCCGCAGGGGGGCAACCCGCGGCCACGCAUGUUCCGCGUCGUCGGGCUGGACGGGCUGGUGAACCGGUACGGGCUCAACUCGUGCGGGGCCGACAAGAUGGCCAUCCGGCUGCGGGACCGGGUGCGGCGGUUCGCUCGCCGGCUGGGCCUCACCGAGUCGGACGUGCUCCAAGGCAGGGCCGGCGUGCCGAGGGGCAGCCUGCGCGACGGGCGCCUGCUGGCCGUCCAGAUCGCCAAGAACAAGGACACGGACGGCACCGACGAGAGGGCCGUGGCCGACGACCACGCCUACUGCGUGCGCCGCCUCGCCCCCUACGCCGACGUGCUCGUCGUCAACGUCAGCAGCCCCAACACCCCCGGCCUGCGCGACCUGCAGGCCACCGGGCCGCUGACGCGCCUGCUGGCCACAGUCGUCUCCGAGGCCGCCGCGUCGGCCAAGGCCGGCAACGUCGCGCCCCCCAAGGUCAUGGUCAAGGUGUCGCCCGAUGAGGACGACGACGAUCAGAUCGGCGGCAUCGUCGCCGCCGUCUCCGACAGCGGCGUCGACGGCGUCAUCGUCGGCAACACCACCAAGCGCCGCGAUGGCCUCGCCUCCCCUGCCCGGGCCGCCCUGCUCGACCCCCAGGACCGCUCCAACCUCGCGGAGGAGGGCGGCUACUCCGGCCCCGCCAUGUUCGACCGCACCCUCAGCCUCGUCGGCAGGUACAGGCAGGCCCUCAAGGCCGACUCCCUCAAGACCGGCGGCCAGGAGAAGGCCAUCUUCGCCACCGGCGGCGUCACCGACGGCGAGCAGGCUCUCAAGCUGCUCAAUGCCGGCGCCAGCGUCGCCAUGGUCUACACUGCCAUGGUCUACGGCGGUGCCGGCACCGUCACCAGGAUCAAGACGGAGAUGCGUGAUGCCAUCAAGGCCCAGUCAUAG